AUGGUGACUACACCUGCUACCUCUGUUUCAGUUUCACCUUUCAGUCAACCAACAACAUUCUUUAAGCCUUGUGCUCCUUUAACUCAGAACUAUAAUGGGGAAAGUACAAUAGGAAUUAUUGGCCAAAUUACUAGCAAAGACCAAAAUCCAUUUGGAACACUUCCUCCAAUAUCUCACUUGUCCUUUGAAUGUUCUCAAUCGAUUCAAUAUGGGAUAUCCAGCAUACCUGUCAAAGACAAGCCUGCCAUGGUCAAAUAUCCCUUGUUGACUACAAGGCAUUUGUACAGAAGAAACAAGUUGCCAGUUCAGAAGUAUGACCCAAAACUAAAUAGUUUAAAGAUGCCAUUUUUUAGUGACACCAAGGAGAUACCAGUUGCUGCAUUUUUCCCAAGGGAAAAUCCAAGGGAGUUGGUUAUCAAAGGGAACAUGCAUAAACAAAAGUUGUCAGAUAGCAUGUAUGAAAAUGAGAAAGAUGAUAUCAAGGGUUAUGAUUCUUCAAAUGAUCCAACCAAUGAGAAAAAUAAGUUCCCAUCAGUGCUUGAUGUCCCAUUAAAACUUCAACUCCCUGACUACUACACAAAACCUCAAAUUUCAGAGUUGGAAUCAAAAGAAAGGGGUGAGCCAGGCUUUUGCAGCCAUGUUAAUGACUUUGUAAUUGGUCGCCAUGGCUAUGGGAGUAUUAAGUUCUUAGGGGAGACAGAUGUGAGAAGACUUGAUCUUGAAAGUAUUGUCCAAUUUAAUAACCGAGAGGUUACUGUGUAUAUGGAUGACAUAAAGACACCACCCGUUGGCCAAGGGCUCAAUAAACCAGCCGAGAUAACACUUCUUAACAUCAAAUGCAUUGAUAAAAGAAGUGGAGUGGAGUACAAGGAUGGGUUGAAGAUUGAUAAAUACAUAGAGAUGUUGAAGAAGAAGGUGGUGGCACAAGGCGGUGAGUUUAUUUCAUAUGAUCCGGUUGAAGGAGAAUGGAAAUUUAGAGUCCAACACUUCUGAACACUAUUCUCUUGAUGAUCUAUUGAUGUUGAUACUGGUAUUGAUGGUUGGAGUUUGUAUUUUGCUUAUGUAAAGUACUUGCAAUAAUGUAAAUAGUAAGUGCAAAAAAUAUUUAUGUAUUUUUAUUGAUUUGUUUAUCAUAACACCAUGUAUGAA